AUGGAAAAAGAUCCGAAGUACAAAGAUUUACCUUCCUAUAUAUAUUACGAUAAAUUGAAUGAAGAUAUAAUCGAAGAAGAUGAUGAAAAUGAAGAAACUGUAGAAAAUGAAGAAAGUGAAGAAAGUGAAGAAAACGUUUACUGGGAAGCUAUAGAAGGAUCAUAUGAGCAAACACCAUGGGUUCGAGAUGUUUUUUUUAAACUGGAAAGGAACUUAACUGAGCUAAAUGAAAGUCGUGAUGAAGAUAGUCUAAGUAAGAAACAUUGUUAUGAUUUGAAUUACUGGCUAUACGAACAAGUGUAUGAAAAUCUUAAUAACAACGAAAAUGAUGAAAAUUUUUUUAAAAUAAUUGAUGGCCUUCAAGAUGUAUGGAAAAAUAUAAAUAAUGAUAAAUUCCCCAAUGCCGAUAAUUUAUGUCAUCCCGAUAAAACACUGAUUGAUAUGAAAUAUUUAAAAGAUGUUAAACAUUUGUUUGAUUUGAUUGAAGAUUUUUCUACCAUCAAAACAGCAGCUAUCAAGGAUACGAAUAACGCUUGUCAGAAAUAUAUUGACUACCUUAAGCUUAAGGUUCCUUUGUACUAUGAAUGGAAUGACGUAUGUACCAUGGAAGAAGAGAACAUUUGUACAAGGUAUAUUGAUGAUUAUCCAAAGUAUAAUCCCAAAAACGUGUUGGAGAAUUUAUCUGUAGUUAGUCUUGCAUUAGCAUCCAUAUUCAAUGAUUGCUAUCAAAAUAUUAUAAAUUUGUUUACGGAGGCAGAGAAGAUCGAGCCACGCACUGUUCUCAAGCAUAGAGGUAUUACAGGACCAUCCGAAAGUAACGUCGUAAAAAUAGGAGGAAGAGCUUUAGCGGAAGCUAUAAGCGAUACCCCCCAGUCUGGGAACAUGUUAAUUGGCAUUAAUGCGUUGGCAACUUCGCUCUUUUCUGUGGUGAAGAGAUUCAACUCUUACGUGUUUAACCUGGUCGCACCGGUGGGCCUUUCCCUGUUGAGCCUACUGUUAUUUCUGUACGUCCUCUAUAAGUUUACCCCAAUUGGGAAAUCCAUUAAUCUCACUCACAAACGAGUGAAGAACAAAUUUGUUGGCAACAGGAGUGAUGAUUUUGAUGAUGACGAGGACGAUGAUGAUGAUGACGACAGCGACAACAAUAGCGACUUGAAGUCAAGUUCCAGCAUGGAGUCGUUAAAUAGUCAUUCAUAG